ACUAAGUUGUGGAGAACUUUUAUUCUAAAUACUCGUAGAAAAACAGCCAACUCAAUAUGAAAUAUUUUGUAUUAGCAUCAGUUUUGAUUAUUUUUGGUAUGUCCAUGAUGCCUGAAGCCGAGAGUUUCAGACAACAACUACAAGAUCCGAAAGAUGAACUGAAAUGUGACGUCCAAUGUGGAACACACUGUUCCCUUGAAUGUAGCCAAGGGGACCUAAUGUUGUGUUGCUAUUAUGGGCAUUUAAUAUAUUGUAGAGAACUUAAUCGGGAUCUGCGCAACGAUCUGUUCAAGAGCCAACAACCACAAUCCCAUGAUGAUGACCUGUUGCGUCUCUAUAGAUCUGUGCCUGCUGACGGUACACACGUUGACAAUUAAAUGAAGAGGUACGAGUAACUAAUAUU